AUGCUUAAGGAACUUUCAAAAAUUAAAUCCCCAUUUAUUGGAGAUAUUCGAGGCAAAGGGUUAAUGAUUGGAGUGGAACUUGUAGAAAAUAAAAAUCAACAGGAAAAAUUAUCAAAAGAAAAAAUGGCUAAAAUAUUUGAAAAAAUCAAAGAAAAAGGCGUUCUUCUAGGCAAGGGAGGUCUGAAUGGGAAUGUUUUGAGAAUAAAACCUCCAAUGUGUAUUGAUAUGGGAAAUGCUACACAAUGUGUUGAGGCAAUUUCGGAAGCUUUAGAAAGUGAAGAAUGA